GAAGUCUGUUCAUACGCCAACCGGGUGUAAAAGGGAGGUAGGGAAGUUUGACGGACAGCAAUGAAGCCGGCGGUGGACGAGAUGUUCCCCGAGGGCGCGGGGCCUUAUGUGGACCUGGAUGAGGCUGGAGGAAGUACAGGCUUAUUGAUGGAUUUAGCUGCCAAUGAAAAGGCUGUACAUGCAGACUUCUUUAAUAGUUUUGAAGAUAUGUUUGAUGAUGAUGAUAUCCAGUGAAAUUCAUCUUCCAGCUGUGCAUUGCUAAAUAUCUAUGGUUCUUGUAGAAGCAGACUACAUUCUAAACAAAAGGAAAGUGUGAAUAUCGUCUCCAAGCCACGAAAGAGUACUAUGAAAUGGCCAAAGAUGGAUGAAAAGGAGAAUUGUGGAGUUGUUUCCCAAUUAGAAAUGUUUAGAUGUGCAGUUUUGCAGGCUUGCUUCAAUAAAAUCUGAACAGAAUUUCUCAUAUCUGAAA